CGUAGGCGAUGAAGAUCGAGCUCUAAUCUAUUGUGCAUUGGCCAUGACAGUGCCUCCCGGUCGAAGGAUAUGCUGAAGGACGCCACAUUGUGGCCCUUUCUAUGUACUGACGCCAAUGUGUAUCAUCUACAAUGCUCAAAAGGUAUCCAGGUAAACAGUGAACGUGCCUAGAUCUAUUCCGGCAAAUGAAUGAAGCAGACUUCUCUCACCAACGCAGCCAACUUGAUCGACGACUCAACACUCGAGCACUCGAUCGCGGCCUCUGGUCUAUCCUCCCCCCGAAAGCUCAAAUUUCUCACAACACUUCCUCCGCGGUCUUACCUGCAGCAUGCACUCCGUGUCCGACUUCUUCGCGAACUCUAGUUUCGGCUGUGGAGGUCCAUGGCGACGAUCGAUGUCACACCAAGUGCAACUGCAUGGAGACCGACGGGGCCUGUGCCUAUGACCAUUUUAAGCUGGUCGAAGCUCAGGUCCACAUAUGGGACCCCUGUGUGGGCGACAGAAUGGCUUGAGGACUGCCUCAAUUGCGAAAUUCAGAUUCAGCAGCAUGAGGUGCAGCCAAACAACAUUGUGUACGAACAGCGUCGUAUUGUGCUCGACGGUUCUGAUACGCUGACAGACGCUGACAUCGCAAGGAAGGAAGGCUACCGCGCCAAGGCCGAAGGGGUGGAUGGUCUUACGCUCAGAGAGAAGCGCGGCGGGGACGGAAGGCUAGCUGGUGCUC